AUGAGCAACUGGAUCGGGUGGAAGGAUGCGAUGGAUUCUGGCCCAUUGGUGUCUGUGGGUGUGCCCACAGUGCUGCCAGGUUUAGACGAGGCUCUUUACCGUGAGGCAGAGGAAAGGAAGCAUCGCCAGCAGAUUCGGGAACAUGAGGCUUGGCUCAGUGCCUUGCAGCAGUCGCAGCCGAAGCUCGGCCGGAUGUCGAAAGCACUUUGUCAUGCCCGCUUGGAGCGUGAGCUCCGUGCAGUAUUCUGCAAGUGUGCUCAACAGUGUUAUGUUGAGUUGCCCGGGCAAAGUCAUAUGCUUGCAGUUCCAAGAUCGAGAUUAGGCGAUGUGCUGGAGGCGAUGGACUUUCUUUCUGCCCGUGACGAGAAAGUAUUCUGUGAAAAAUUAGCUCUGUUGCUAGACAGGGAGGAGACGGGAAUGAUCCAACUCAGCAGGCUUCUCGACUUUGUGUUGACAGCACUCGACACGCUCUCUCAGCAGCCAGACCGCCCCUCACCUUCAUUGACACCGUUGAGCCUGGAAGACGAAUGCUUCAACCAGUUGGAGUGGCAGCUGUCGAAAGCCUUCACGCGAAUGCUGUCAAAUAGACAUUGUCGUGCCACCACGCAGUCGUGCCAUCGUCGAACAACAGAACGCGAGGUUCGCGAGGCCUCUCAGGAAGAUGUUCCAACACCCCACCGGCGAUUGCAAAGACCGCUGUCCGCCCGGAACUAUCGGGAGAAGUGCGGGGGGAAGCCGGUGUCCCGGUGUCACCUUCUGUACCACCAGGCUAUUUUUGCUGCCCGUGAAGGGGCGCAGCUUGAAGACGAGAUUAAGCACUUGAAAGAAUUGGAGGAAAUGAGAGAAUGCACGUUCAAACCUCAGCUGGUGUCGUCUUUCCGUUCGUUUCGUCCGUCACCUCGGCCGCAGGUUCGCAACUUCGACUCGACAGUUGCUCGCAUGAAGAAUGCCCACAAGCAGCAUGAAGAACAGAGGGAUAGAAGCAAUCGGAUUCCAAGUGGAGAGAACUACGAGCGUUUGAGAAGGCUUGGAAUGCAGCCUUUCUCAUGUGCUUUUCGUGAGCGGAGCAUACGUCCCCAGCUUCUGGUGUAUGUCGAUGUGAAGGUGGGGCCUGGACGGACCGGCCGCAUUGGAGUGCACGAGGGUGACGACUUGGCAAAGCUUUCGCGGAACUUUGCCAAGACCUUCCAACUGGACAAAAGUGCCCAGGAGCGUCUGGAGCAGCAUUUGCUCCAGGCUUGCGACCAGGCCGCCCAAGGACUCGCCCCGUGA